AUGAUGAUGCAUGAAUCUCGGCAUUUGCAUGCGAUAAACCGGCCAAGAGAAUGUGGAAGCCGGUUUCUCAAUGCCAAGAAGAAGAAUAGGGAACAUAAGAAGGAGGCAACCUCUGAUGAGAACACUUCAGAAGCAAGUUCCAGCCUCAUGUCUGAGAAAUCAGCCGUGGCUCCUAAUUUAGUAAAAAAACCGAGGAAGAUAAGAUUUGUAGUCUUCCAGUUUUGGAUGUUAUAUACAUGUCUCAAUGGUUGGAAGUUGCAGUUUAGCAAAAUUCUGAUAGGUUGA